AUGAUAGGUACAGAGCUGAAGUCAAUGGUCGAAUGUCCAAACGGAUGGCACAUGGUCGGAGCAGAUGUCGACUCGCAGGAGCAAUGGAUAGCGGCAUUGCUGGGUGAUUGUUGCGUUGGUAAAGGAGUAACUGGAAUAACUCCGUUUAGCAAUAUGCUUCUGGCAGGCAGUAAGGCUGAUCACAGUGACUUGCACAGCGUUGUUGCGAGUGAAGUUGGCAUUAGCAGGGACAAAGCAAAG